AUCUUCCAGAAUCGGAAAACAUGGAUGAAGACAACUUGCCAAGAAUCAGAGACGUUCCCGUGAAAAAGAGACAUGAACUCUUCAUGAAAAAGCUGAGACUCUGUUCGGGAUCACUUGAGACAAUCAUUCCAAUUGGUACCAAGCUUGAAAUACUUAAGGAGCUGUUGGAUUAUGUUCCUUCUCUUGACUCUCUUCCAGAUGAUGCAGUCCGGCAAAUCAAGGAAAUGGUAGCGGCAAACAUUUUCAGGCCAUUUCCUUCUCCCUCCGCUCAUGUUUCUGAUAUUAACUAUGAAACUGACGAACUCUAUGAUCCGGAGGUCAAACGGCCACUGGUUGAAGAGUCCUGGUUCUUUCUGCGACACGUUUACCAAUUCCUCAGACAUGUUGUCGAUGCUGGCUUGUUGCGAGAUGAUCAUACUGAGGAUUCCUUUGUUAAAACCCUUGCAGUGUGCCCUCUGUUGUCGUUCGCUAAUGAUCGGAUUCGUGAGUCUCGGGUACCACUACUAGCAGAGAACAGAAUGUUUCUGGAGCGGGUUUUGAUUCCCAUGCACAAGAUCAGCUCUUACUCCAUUUACAGUCGGUGCUUAAGCCAAUGCAUGUUAGCUUUUUUAGCCAUGGACAGUGAACUCGACAACUUGAUGAUUCGGGGUAUUUUUAGCGGCGGGCAGAGAUCCUUGAGGAGUACUUGUGAGAUCGAACUAUUGGAUGAACUGAAAUCUCUGAUGACACACACUCUGCUUGGAAGAAUCACUCCAUCUAAUGCUGAGCUUGUGUUUAGGCGGAUUGGCAAGUGCUUGACAAGUUUACAUGCAAUGGUGGUGACCAAAGCUUUGAACAUUUUGAAAUGGCCUAGAUUUAUUUUAUUUGCCAAACAGCGCAAGCAGGUUUCUGUUCCAAUUAUAAUGCCGGCGCUGGAAAAUGUAGGAAACCAGUUCUUGUGGGACAAUAACGUUCGGGAACUUGCAGCUCGUGUUCGUGAGAAGUCCUAUAACGAGAAUGAUGCUGACUGGCAGUUUGGAAGGAGAACAAGGAGAAGAAAACGAUGGUCAUGUUAUGCAACUUAUGCUUUUGAUGACAGUUUGAACUUUUUCAUAGACACAAAUCACUUCUCUGAUGAUAAGCAUAGAAAGUGAGAGCAGAAGGCAUAAAAAUAUUGAAUGCAUGCUUACAGACAAGUGGAAAAUUUUGGCUUUUCUUAUGUUCAUAUCAGUAAAGAUGGAUGCAGUUU